AUGCACUUCAACCCUACUCACAUUCUUUUCCUGGCUGCUCUUGCGAGCGCCGUUCCCACUGAGAUGGGUAGCAUGGAGCCACGCAGCCCGGCAGGUUCUGAACUUGAUGCGCGUGCAGCUGGCAAAUGGGAAGCCCACGCCAAGUACUACGCCCUUGGAGGCAAGGUCGGCAGCGAGAUCUACAUCUCCGGAACCUGGACCGACCCUAUCAAGAACCCUGGCCAGCCCUCCGGUACCUGCACUGCCCGUAUCGGUGGAAUAAGCGGUGGUACGCCCAAUGUGGUCGGCUGCAACUGCGAGAUCUCGGCCACUGGCCCCUUGAAGUUCGAAUCCACUUGCUUCCUUGACUUCGCUGAGGAGGCGUCCAACGGGGAUUGGGCUGCUGGCUUUUCCGUGGCUUUCAAGUGCUCGGCCUUCUUCUCUUGCACUGGGUCGAACGCCUACUCCAUUGCCAGCGCCAACUCGGCCUGCAAGAACACUAGCGGAACACCCUGUGCUGGUUUCCACGUUACUCCUUGA